UCUCCAGGUCCCCGGGGAUGGGCCACAGACACAGGCAGCGGGGAAACCCAGUGGGGAACCCCACUUCUCAGGGGCCUCUGUUGGCAAGGAUCCCAGGCUGGGGUUUCUCAACCUCUCAGCACUGGGGUUGCACUUCUGCAAUGGGAAAUUAUGCUCCCAUUUUCUUUCCUAAAGGGAAAAGGGAAGAAAGCAGUGACAUGGAGGCAUGACGUGAUGCAUCACAGCCUGGCAGCAGAGCUGUAACCGCCAGCCCCAGACCCAACUCGGCUCAGCCCCACAUGCUCCUGAGAGCUCACAGCUGCAAUGUCAGACUUGGAGGGGUCCCUGGCAGUAAGCCUCCCGUCCAUGGAGCGAGCCCUCACCAUCCUGCAUGUGAGCCUGUACCAUCCCAAGCGGGACCUGGCCAUCUUUGCCAAGGUCCCACCACAGCUGCAGCAUGAUACCAGCCCGCUGCUAGUGGGGCGGGCCCCGGAAGCCCACCUCCAGCUGCAGCUUCCCCACCUCUCCUGCCGACACCUGUCCCUGGAGCCCUACCGGGAGAAGGGCAGCGCUCUGCUGACCUUCUGCCUGAAGGCCCUGAGCCGCAGGGGCUGUGUGUGGGUCAACGGGUUGACUUUGAGGUUCCUGGAGCAGCUUCCUCUGAGCCCAGUCAACAGGGUCGCCUUCUCCGGCAUCCAGAUGGUGGUCCGCAUAGAAGGGGGCACCUCGCUGGAGGGCUUCGUCUGCUGCUUCCAUCUCAGCCCCUCACCCCUGAUUCACAGGCCGCAGGCUGAGGAGACUGAUGAAGGGGAGAGCACCUCCCAGGGGCAGCCUCCCCCAGGUUCUGGGCCACGGGCUCCAGGUCACCAGGGGCUUCUCCACGGCCCUUCCCUGCCUAGCCCUGGAGGAGGAGCAGAAACACAGCUCCAGAAGGAGAUCUCAGAUAGUGUGUUGUGCUAGCCCCACUGGCUGCCCAGAGCAAGCCUCGCCUGGAUGAGGACUUGAACUCUUGGAGCGACACCACGCGGAGGUUGACCAGCAAGACCUGCCGGGUAACAAUGAACUGAUUC